AUGGCCAGUACAAAUGUCGGAAGUAUAGUUGUGGUUGAGGUUGUUCCACAUCAUAAAGAGAGGGGUACAUCGACAUUUGUUCGUGCAUUUUGGUGCCUAAAAGCAAUGAUUGAUGGUUGGCAGUAUGCACGGCCAGUUAUUUCCAUUGAUGGUACAUUUCUUAAGGGAAAGUAUAAUGGGAAAUUGCUGGUCGCGGUGGGAGUCGACUCUAAUAACCACCAAUAUCCCAUAUGCUUCGCCCUUGUUGAUAAGGAAACAACUGAAAAUUGGUCUUGGUUUCUACGUCUUUUACGUAGACAUGUAUGCCGAGAUAGAUUGGGGGUUUGUAUUAUAUCUGACCGUGCGACGGGGAUCCUUGCUGCAAUGAAUGACGAAGCGAGUGGUUUUACCCCGCCGAUGGGCUAUCACAGAUUCUGCCUCCAUCAUGUUAGGAGCAACUUCUCCAAGGCAUUCCCGGGAAAGGAGCUUAAAAUGUACAUGUGGCUAGCCGGCAAUACGCCACAGAUUAGGAAAUAUGAUGCCUACAUGAAGAAGAUUGGAGAGCUUUCGCCUCAGGGCUUGAGGUGGUUGCUAGGGAUAAGUCCAGCCCUCUGGACUAUUUGUCAUGACACAGGCCACGCUCGUUUCGGCCAAGCUACCACAAACAUCACGGAGAGCUUUAAUGGUAACGUGCGCGUGGCUCGGCACCUACCUGUGACCGCAAUGAUUGAAUUCAUGUUUUAUAAAACUGUUAGGACGGUCAAUAAGGAGAGGAACGCAGUGCUCGAGGGCAUUGGGGAGGGUCAUGAACUUUGUCUAAGGACGAGAAAUAAGUUGGAGAAGAUUGCAGCCAAAGCUAACACACACCGGGUCGAGACAUUUAAUAGAGGAACCGGUUUGUUCUCCGUAAAGACGCAAAGGUACAUGGUAAAAGGGUGCAAUAAGGGCGGGAACACGCAGGUGGUUGACAUAACUCAGCGUACAUGCACUUGCGGGAAAUGGGCUUGCCACCGCCUGCCGUGUUCACAUUUGAUUGCUGCUUGCAACCACAAUCACUUAAACUGGAAACAAUGGAUUGGCCCCUUCCACUACAACUCUACUUUGUUGAAAUUGUGGGAGCCAAUGAUAUAUCCAUUACCAGCAACUGGGUAUUUGGGAUAUUGA